GAGAGCCAUAUCGGCUUUUAAGUGGUACAGAAUAUGUCGUUGGACGCAAAAACUCUGCCAUUUUAAUUCAAGAUGAUCAGUCCAUCAGUAGAAGUCAUGCUGUUCUGACAGUAACCCGUCCUGAAACAACCCCUGGUCAGUCUCUCUCAGUCCCCACAUUAACAGUAAGAGAUACAUCUAAGUAUGGUACCUUUGUUAAUGGUUCGAAACUCAAUGGCACUUCAGUGUCUAUGCAGUCUGGUGACAGAAUCAACUUUGGAGUCUUUGAGAGCAAGUUUAGAGUGGAGUAUGAACCUUUGGUUGUCUGCUCCUCAUGCUUAGAUGUAGCUCAGAAAACAGCUUUAAAUCAAGCCAUCCAGCAGCUUGGAGGGCAUGUAGUGAAUGAGUGGACCAGCGAGUGUACCCACCUUGUCAUGGUGUCAGUAAAAGUUACUGUUAAGACUAUAUGCGCUUUGAUUUGUGCUCGACCAAUUAUAAAACCAGAGUUUUUUGUUGAAUUAAUCAGAGCUAUUCAGUCCAGGCAACAGUUGCCAAAUCAUGAAAGCUUUUACCCUCCAGUUGAUGAGCCUUCCAUUGGCACUGAAAAACUGGAUUUAUCUGAGCAUCAUGAAAGGAAAAAAAUAUUCAGUGGAAAAACUUUUGUAUUUCUAACUGCCAAGCAGCACAAGAAACUGGGUCCAGCAGUUGGUCUUGGAGGAGGGGAAGUAAAGUUGAUGACGGAAGGAAGAAAAGAAACAUCUUUAGUAAUUUCUCCCGGAGUUUGUGUUGUUGAUGUGGGUUUGACAAACCCUCAGAUCCCAGGGUCUGACUCUCUGAGACACUGGAGUGAUUCCAUUCUGACUGUCUUGGAAAGCAACAAUCUCAGGGCUAUUCCAGAGGCAGAAAUUGGAUUGGCAGUUAUCUUCAUGUCUACAGAAAAAUACUGCAACCCCCGAAAGCAGCCUGCUUCCAGAGCCGUAACUGAAAGUACAGCUGGAUCAGCUGUUGCAGGCCGAGCCAUUUCUCAGAGUCUGGCUGUGGAUGAAACCAUAAUGCCAACUGCUGCAGGUAGCAGCACAUUAUACAUAGGUGAUACGGAAGCAGAAGAGCAGACAUGUAUGGAGAUAGAGAAUACUCCCCAGAUGGAUAGACAAGGGAAAAUGGCUCUCCAGAAUACAACCCCCGUGAAGAAAAACACUAGCACAAGUGGCAGUGCAAAUGCAGGAACAUCGAUACCUAGAGGGAACAGAACAUCUGGGUUUAGUCAAAAGAUUCAACCUGUCUCACCAUCUAAAAUUUCAGAAGCUGUUAAACCUAGUGACUGUGCUUCACAUCACCAGUCUAACUCAAUUACAAACUACUUCCAGGUAGCUCGAAAAAGGUCUAAAGCUUACGAGGGAAAGUGUCAAACUAAGAAGUGAUAAAACAGAACAAAACUAGCAAAACUGGAGGAGGGGCCAUUGCCUCUUUCCAAGUGCACUGAAUCCACCACUUCAUCAGUUCAGAACAGUGAAGCAAAACAGCAUCAAAAGAAAAAUAACAUCCUGGACCCAAAAACAAAUUUUGCAUUAGAAGACACAGGUCUAAAGCUUACGAGGGAAAGUGUCAAACUAAGAAGUGAUAAAACAGACACUAAAACCACUUCUAGUGAAAAUCAUGCACCAAAGAAGAGAAAGGAGUUAGAGGAUUUAUCUGAAGAUACAGAGGCACUAGAAAUUGUGUUCGGAAGCAGAGACCUAGACUGGGAAGAGGAAAUGGCAGAUCAUGACCAGGAAGCUCAAGGAAAUAGUCGGAAAAAAAGAUGUUUGGAAGGCAAAGGAAGCAGGAUUCAAGAAGUGAAUGUAAAUCAGAGAGAGGAGAAUAAAAUACUGAAAGAAGAGGAACUUGAAUCAGUUCUAACCUCAGAAGUGAAAAGUAAGAUCAAGGAAGAGUCAUCAGUCUUGGUAAGAAACCAGUUAAUUAACGACAGCAAACUGCAAGGUGACUCCAGCAAUAUUCCUAGCAGGCUUCUGUUGACUGAGUUUAGGUCACUGGUUGUCAGCCAUCCGAGGCAGAACAGUCGCCUCAGUGGAAACACCAACUGUGGGGGAAAGAAAAACUUCAAAAUGUUCAAAAAGGUAGCUUAUCCAGGGGCAGGACAACUUCCACACAUUAUUGGAGGAUCAGAUUUGGUUGCUCACCAUGCUAAGAAGAAUUCAGAGCUAGAAGACUGGCUAAGGCAAGAAAUAGAGGAACAGAACCGACAUGCAAGAGAAGAAUCACUUGCUGAUGAUCUCUUUAGAUAUGAUCCUAAUGUGAAAAGGAGAAGAUAA